CCGGAACGCCCUUAGCCUUCUUGGGAAGAAGGUGGCCGCAGUCUGUCGUGGAGUUGGACGGUUUCUGAGCGUUCGUGUCCCUCACCCGCCAUCUCCCUUCCUUUGGUUCCCACGAUGCCGAUGUACCAGGUAAAGCCCUAUCACGAGGGCGGCGCAUCUCUCCGUGUAGAGCUUCCCACCUGCAUGUACCAGCUUCCCAACGUGCACGGCAAGACCAACAGUCCCGCGCCAGCCGCGGGCCACGUGCAGGAAGAGUGUGACCCGUCGCUUCAAGCCCUUGAGUCCUGCCAAGAUGACAUUUUAAAACGUCUGUAUGAAUUGAAAGCUGCAGUUGAUGGUCUCUCCAAAAUGAUUCAGACGCCAGAUGCGGACUUGGAUGUCACCGACAUCAUCCAAGCCGAUGAGCCCACCGCUUUCUCCACCAAUGCAGUGGACUUAAAUUCCAUGCUCGGAAAGGACUACGGGGCGCUGAAAGACAUCGUGAUCAACGCGAACCCCGCCUCACCACCCCUCUCCCUGCUCGUGCUGCACUGGCUGCUCUGUGACCACUACAGGGUCCUGUCCACGGUGCACACGCACUCGGCAGUCAAGGGCGUGCCAGCAAACCUCCUCAGGUGCUUCGGCGAGCAGACGAAGCAGCAGCCCCGCCAUGAGUAUCAGCUGGGCUUGACUCUGAUUUGGAAGAACGUGCCGAAGACGCAGAUGAAAUUCAGUGUCCAGACGAUGUGUCCCGUCGAAGGAGAAGGGAACGUCGCACGCUUCCUGUUCUCCCUGUUUGGCCAGAAGCACGAUGCUGUAAAUUUAACCCUCAUCGACAGCUGGGUAGAUACAGCGAUUUUUCAGCUCAAAGACGGGAGCAGUAAAGAAAAAGCCGCUGUGUUCCGCGCCAUGAACUCCGCUCUCGGGAAGAGCCCCUGGCUGGUGGGGGACGAGCUCACGGUGGCAGACGUCGUGCUGUGGUCCGUGCUCCAGCAGACGGGAGGCUGUGGGGCGCCAGCACCGGCCAACGUGCAGAGGUGGAUGAGGGCCUGUGAGAACCUGGCCCCUUUCAACACCGCCCUGCGGCUCCUUCAGUGAAUCCCUCACUGAUUUAAAGGGCUUCCAUUUGAAGAACGGUGCUGUCCUGUGCCUAUUACUGGUAAAGGGACUUGUCCUAAAAUCAAAGUCUUUAUUUAAGCCAGUUGUCAAGUAUCAAUAAAAACAUCAUAGAAUUAA